AUGCUACAUGUGGUUACUAGACUCGCUCUACAUUUUUCCCGGUCGCCUUCCUCUCUCGCGCUUCGCCUAUCCCUCUCCUGCCGCCAUCCUUUCUCCCGUCGCCCUCCUCUCUCCCGUCACCCUCCUCUCUCCCGUCGCUUAUCCUAUCUCCCGCCGCCUUCGCUCUCCCGUCGCCUUCCGCGCUCUCUCUCCCGUCACCUUCGCGCUCUCUCUCCCGUCGCCUUCGAGCUCUCUCUCCCGACAACUUUGCGCUCUCACUCCCGUCGCUUUCGCGCUCUCCCUCCUGUCGCCUUCGCGCUCUCUUACCCGUCUCCUCCGCGCUCUCUUUCUCGUCACCUCCGCGCUCUCCCUCCCGUCGCCUUUGCGCUCUCUUUCUCGUCGCCUUCGCGUUCUCACUCCCGUCGCCUUCGCGCUCUCACUCCGGUCGCCUCCGCGCUCUCUUUCCCAUUGCCUCCUCACUCUCUCUCCCGUCGCCUCCGCGCUCUCUCCCUUCCCCGCCCGUCGUUCUUCCUCUAUCCGCUCCCCUCUUGUCGUUUUCCCUCUCACUCCUCCCCUCCCGACGUUUUUCCUCUCUCCCCUAAAAGUCCCAUCUCAUCGCUGACAUCGCUUCCAAAACCUAAUAUCUUGCCUUCGCCCUCUCUCUCUACCCUUCCCCCCCCGUCUCCCUUGCUCUCUCCCCUUCCUCCCGUCACCCUUGAUGUAGUCGUCGCCUUCGCGCUCUCCCUAUUGUCGCAUGUCUCCUCUCCCUCCCGUCGUAUGCACGCUCUCCCUCUUGUCCCCUUCGUCCUCUCUCUCCCGUUGCCUACAAGCUCUCCCUGUUGUUGCCUUCACCUUCUACCACCCGUCGCCUUAGCGCACUCACGUCCCGUCGCCUGCGCGCUCGCUCUCCCUCCCGUCGGCAUCGCGCUCACGUUCCUCCUCUCCCCUCCCAUCUCGUCGUUCGCCUCCUCCCCCCCCAACCUGUUGUUCUUCUCUCUUUCCCCAUCUCAAUCGUACUAUCCUUUCGUGAUACCUUGUCCAACUUAUUUUUUCCCCUCGUUCUUCGGCUCACUAUUUUAUAACCUCUUUCAUCCUCUCAAAUACAGGCCCACCUCCACUCUCAUCCGCCUUUUCUCGCAGAUCUGCUAG